AUCCUUCAGAGUCAUGGAGGUGCAGACAGAAUGAUUCUACUGCUACAGAUCUACCACGAGGAGGACCUAGCCUACCAGGACCUGGUCACCGUAGCAACCACCUUCUACCAGUACCUGCUGCAACCCUUCAGAGACAUGAGAGAACUGGCAGGGCUCUACAAGAUGGAGAUACUGAAGUCUCUGGAUGAGGAGGAGCUGGGUCCUAAGAGGAUAGCAGCACUGGAGAGAGAGGCAGAGGAGUGGAGGAGGAGAGGAGAGGAUGCAGUCUCCUCCAUACAGGACAUCACAGUCAGCUACUUCAUAGAAACAUCCAAAGCCCUUGGAGGUAUGCUGCGUGUGAUGGGGGAGGAUAAGCGUGGUUUUGGUCAGGCCUCCUGGGCCUCAGCAGCUCCUAGACUGGAGAAGCUGCGUUUCCUGCUGGCUAAAGAGACCCUGCAACACAUGAGAGCAACUGAGAUGUGUCUGCACCGCAAGAAACACACCAUCAGAGAGAAGAUGGGAGGUCUGUCUGGCCAGGACCAGAGGGGACCAGAGACUGUAGAUAACCUAGAGCUUCAGUACUACGAGGCUCAGCUAGAACUCUACGAUGUCAAGUUUGAGAUCCUCAAGAACGAAGAGCUUCUAUUGGUCGCUCAGAUCGACACCCUGCGACGCCAGAUCAAAGAGCUGAAAGAGGAGGUGGUGUAUUAUGAUGUGUGUGAGGAUCCAGAGGAGCUCAAAAGCCUAUCACAGACAGCUGCACCUUUAGACCCCACCCACUCACCUGUCAAUCACCUGGGGCGACGCCUACAGCAGCUGGAAGCCAAGAGAGGGAACAUCUGUGCCCGCCGCGCAUACCUCCGCAACAAGAAGGAUCAGUGUGUGGAGGCUAACGAGCAGAAGCACCGUCUGGCCCAGCACAGCUCCACUCACUUUACCCAGCACCACGGAGUAGCCCUGAAGAGAGAGAAGAGGAGAGAGGAUGAAGAGAGGAGGAAGGAGUGGAUGGACCAGGAGAGAGAGAGAACCCUGAGCAGACUCCGCUCCUUCAGAGAGAAGCGACAGGGAAGUUACGUCCUGAAGACUCCACGAUCCAAGAUGGCUGCCAGGGAGCCGCAGUGUUCCGACCUCUCCCAGCCUCUGUCAAUCAUUAGCAUCGGCCCCUCCCCUUCAUCUAAUGGGGCCGCCCCCAGAAAGACCCCAGGAAACUCAAACCUAAAGACAACCUCCUCUCCUCCUCCUCCUCCCCCUCCUCCUCCCCCUCCCCUACCCCCACCUCCUCCCCCGCCACCCCUCCCUGCCCUCACCCCCUGUAAGACAGAGGUAGGGGACUCCCCCAUGCCUCUCAGUGAGAGAGAGGCCACACCCUUCCCUGCCAAAAUGACCCUGAAGCAGAACCUAGGUUCUAUGGACGAGGUGUUGGCAUCAUUACAGCGUGGUCAGGUCAGGCUGCGUCGUGUCCAGCCCCUUGCCCCUCCUGGUCCCGGCCUGGUGCCCUCCGGUGGCGACCUCAGGGAUAACAUCAUGUCUGCCAUCAGACUUGGGGUCAAACUACGCAAGGUGGUCCCAGCGGUGCCCCUGCCCCAGGACAGCAGGGACACGGAUCUGCAGAGGAGCAUCAAGGCAGCCAUGCAGAGGAUGAAGAAGGUCUCCUCCGACUCGGAUGAUGAAGAUGAGGAGAGAGGAGAGGACAACACGUCCUCGGCUGAGUGGGACAGCUGAGAGGAGACGUAUGCACGGAUAGACAGACACUCGGACGCGCACAGACACAUCCAUAAAGCAGGCGUAUUGCGUGUGUGUGUGUGUGUGUGUGUGUGUCUAUACAGUGGGGAGAACAAGUAUUUGAUACACUGACGAUUUUACAGGUUUUCCUACUUACAAAGCAUGUAGAUAUACUU